AGAACUCGUGUUGACAUUGUGGUGAAAGUAUCAGAGUUUGUUUAAUCAAGACGAAGACAUGGCAAGCGUGAACUCGACGGACAUCAUAGCAGAAAUAAAAGAUAAGAAGAACAUGUCAAGCUUUAACUCGACGGACAGCAUGUCAGAAUGGCUCCCAAUUCAAUACGGCUAUCUUACAAUCAGCAUAGUAGCAAUCCUACUAAACAGCACUGUGAUCUACUUGUUUCUAACAAGAAAAUAUUUACGAAAUAUGUAUUCGAACAUAUUCCUGUUCAGCUUGGCCAUAUCAGAUCUAUGCUAUGCCGCUGUAGCCAUACCCUUGCUAAUAAAAUGCGACCAAACUAUGCCACAGUACGUUUGCUACGCCUAUGCAUAUGUUAUGCUGUUCUUUGGUUACAGUACAGUCUACCACAUUCUACUGGGAAUCUCAGAGAAGUUAUGCGCAAUAUGCUUCACGUUAAAACAUCACUCAAUGUUCUGCAAAUCCAUCGCUAUCAAGUUAAGUUUCUCAGUGUGGUUAUUAUCCAUCAUCUUCACACAUAUCCCUGUCUGGUGGGAACACGUUUUUCCUGGUGACACAAGGAACGCAACGGAGAAAAACGUGGAACAAAACAACGAACGCGACGAAGCCUAUUACAGGUUCCAUUUUACAAUAGGAUUUGCAAUUCCUGUGGUAAUAUCAGCAAUCAUGUACUCCAUGAUCCUUCAUAAAAUAUUCAAAGCUUCCAACAGAAGAUUAACCGAAGACACCCAAAGAAACAAAUUAAGAUUGCACGCAGAAAGAAAGGCUGCAUUGACCUUCGCCAUUAUGUUAGCAGCUUUUCUGUUCUCGUGGAGUACUUGGUUUUUAGCACGAAUCGCAUACGAUCGAAUCGUUACCGCAGAUGCUGUGUACUACUUCUUAACAAUAAGUAGAUUCUGUGAUCCAAUAUUCAACCCGCUGCUGUACACAUUUCUCAAAAAUGAUUUUCGACGAGCGUUUUUCAGUCUUUUCCAGAGUAAAAAACAGAGCAAUAAUCUAUCGAAGAUGCGUUUGACUCGAUUGAAUGAUCGCACUUCAAAACAGGACACACAGGAAGAUACAACACGUUCUUCGCCACUUGCCGUAACCAAAUCCAUGCUUUCAACUCAACGCAAGCCUUCACCUUAAUCAAAACUCGUGUUGAACAUGUCCUUACAUCAGAGACCUUACGAUUUAGGACGGCAACGGCUACCAAUACAAGAGAUCAUUGAAAAGAAUUGAAUAAUUACAAUAUAUGAAUAAUUUAGACAUUGUUUACAACGCCAAAUCACAGAUUUUCUCGUCUUGAUACAACGGCUGCAUUUCAAGCCGCAACAAGUGCAACUUCAAACUGAGUUCAGCAGAACUCUUCCCAAACAUAAAACCCAUGUCUUCAACUUCUAAGACUGUAUUAAGAGUUUGUUUUGGCCGUCGCCGUCGCGUUGCCGCCCUAAAAUCAUAAGGUCUCUAUUGCUAUACUCUACAAAACGUUAAAAUUUAAAAAUGUGUAUACUAAUAAUAGUUCCUAAAAACGUUAUAGCAUUGUUUAAAUAUUUAAUUCUUUGACAAAUCUUAAAACAGUUACUUCACUCUAGCUAGACAUAAGGAAAUGUGACUUUGAUUAUAAAUAACACGUAUAGUUAAUAUAACACGUUUCUGGUUAUGUUACUGUAAUCAUGUAAGACUGGAAUAUAAAAUGAGUCUUUUGAGAAAUAUGAAGUGAAAAACGAUAAGAAAAUAUGUGAUAUAUAAUACAUAAAAAAGAGUCUUAGAGUCUGUGAUUCUUUGAUCCAAUUUUCAACCCGAUACUGUACGCGUUUCUCAAAAAUGAUUUUCGACGACAGUCUUAAGAUAGAAUAUAUGAAAAAAUAUAUGAUAAAAAAAGGAAAUAAAACAAACAAUAUAAAAAAGGAGUUUGCC